CGAACUCGAAGAAACUUCACAGUUAUAGUCAGAUUGUCAAGGAAACAUGGCGGCGAUUGAAGCUGAACCUACUAAAGUCGAAACCCUGAUGCGUACGCUAAAGCUGUCGGGGCACGUCGGUUUCGACAGCCUGCCUGAUCAGCUGGUGAAUAAAAGUGUUCAAAAUGGAUUUGUAUUCAACAUCCUGUGCAUUGGGGAAACAGGUCUGGGUAAGUCCACUCUGAUGGACUCUCUGUUCAACACCAACUUUGAGUCCUCACCCAGCCCGCACAACUUGCCCACUGUCAAGUUGAAAGCGCACACCUAUGAACUGCAGGAGAGCAAUGUUAGACUUAAGCUAACAAUCUGCGAUACAGUAGGCUACGGAGACCAAGUCAACAAAGAAGACAGCUUCAAAGCUGUUGUGGAUUAUAUUGAUGCCCAGUUUGAAGCCUAUCUUCAAGAGGAGCUUAAGAUCAAGCGUUCUUUACCUGCAUAUCAUGACAGCCGCCUGCAUGUCUGUCUGUACUUCAUAUGUCCUACUGGACAUGGGCUGAAAUCCAUCGACCUGGUGUGCAUGAAGAAGCUGGACACCAAGGUCAACAUCAUCCCCAUCAUCGCCAAGGCCGACACCAUCUCCAAGACUGAGCUACAGAAGUUUAAGUCCAAAAUAAUGCAAGAACUGCAAAUGAACGGUGUAGAAAUCUACCAGUUCCCAGUAGACGACGAGUCAGUGUCCGAGGUGAACGGCACUAUGAACUCCCACAUCCCCUUCGCAGUAGUGGGCAGCACGGACUUUGUGAAGAUCGGCAACAAAACUGUUCGUGCGCGCCAGUACCCCUGGGGAACUGUGCAGGUGGAGAACGAAUCUCACUGCGACUUCGUCAAACUGCGUGAGAUGCUGAUUCGCACCAACAUGGAGGACAUGCGCGAGAAGACGCACGCGCGGCACUACGAGCUGUACCGUCGUCGGAGACUCGCUCAGAUGGGCUUCUCUGACGUCGACGCUGACAAUAAGCCGGUAUCGUUCCAACAAACUUUCGAGCAGAAGCGCAGCGCGCACCUGCUGCAGCUGCAGCAAAAGGAGGAUGAGAUGAAGCAGAUGUUUGUGCAGCGUGUAAAAGAGAAGGAGGCUGAACUCAAGGAAGCAGAGAAAGAGUUGCACGCUAAAUUCGAAAAGCUGAAGAAAGACCACACGGAAGAGAAGAAGCGCCUAGAAGACUUGCGCAAGAAGAUAGAAGACGAUACCAUAGAGUUCAACCGCCGCAAGCAACAGACCGCGCAAGGCCACCACACACUUACGCUGGGAAAGAGCAAGAAGAAGUAAUCCACUUACCGACCGGUAACUCGACUAACUUGGGCCUUUAGGCGGAACCAUAAACUCAAACUCGAAUCAUUUAUUCAAAUUGGGUACCAUUGUACACUUUUUGAGUGUCAGUUGUUGAAUUUGUAAGAUGAAUGGUGAUAAUUAAUUACGAAAACUAAAGCUACGAGUGUUGCAAACGCGCCCAGGUUUGAGAAGAGCCCACCACAAACUCAGUCGAAUCCAUAAUAUAUACCUGGAAUGCUUACUUGAAACCUACUUAUCGCCAUCCAGCGAGAUGUUUCGCUCUAAUUUGUUAGUAUUUGCUUCAAGUAAGUAUUGGAAGUGAACUCUCCAUUACUUCUACUUGGAUGAAACGCAUACCAGCCAGUAAGGUCACUAUGAGAUUUUACUUCUCAUCAAUUUUAGUAGAAUUCGAGCAUCGAAACACAAAGUAAAACGGACAUAAAUGGCCUCGAUUUAAAGUCGAAAAUUCGGUAUCUCUGAUUAUAAUUUCACAACAUUUCCUGUUGAAGCACUGGCUGUGGCCAAACUUGAGCUUGAAAAUAAGGUCCAUUUUACUAUGAGUAUUUCGGCGAUCUAAUUCUAUCGACGUUGGUGAGAUGAAAAAUCUUACACUAAGGGCUUGGAUACCAGUUAAUUUUCCGAACCGGUUUUGGUCGUCGGCUGCGAACUGGAAAUGAUUGCGGUGUAGGUUGCGGUUAUCGUUAUUUUAAUCGGUUAGUGAAAAAUCAUUUUUUUUUACAUUUUCGAACCUGUUCAGCGAAAUUACUCGGUUAAUUCUAGUAUCGACUCUAUAAGCGGGUUAUUUGCUAGCUUACGUCUUGGUCGCUCAGGCAGGCCACAGCGUGCGUUUGAUAAGUAAAACUGAUUUAUUCAUUUCGAACCAUCGGCUAGCGCGAGUUUUAAAAUUCCAUCAGUAACCAAAUUUUUUUCGCUUUUGUUGAAACCGUUCCCUUAAUUAACCGUUAACCAAUGAACGGAAUUAUAAAGGUAUAAUGAAUUAUUAUAUUACCUCCCGUCUAGUUUACGUCUAAAGGUCCAGUUGUCAUCAAUAUCAGUUCAAACUGAUAGUAGGGGCUCGCUAUUUUUAGAGAGAGGCUAUAAGAGAGAAAAAUAAUAUUUCGCCGAGUGACAUUUUGUUGUUAUGGAGGUAUUCCGUGAAAAGUAUAUGAAAUUCAUUCUUAUUAUUUGUAUCUCACGAAACUGCAGAGCUGAUUGGAACAACUAGUGCUUCAGGCGGAUCCACACUUGCGCACGCGCAGGAUCCGUGCGCAUCAUAAUAAGAACAUAACUUGUGAGCCUAGCUGGUGUGGAUCCACCCUUAGUUGUUAGAGGAGGAUUACAAUAUGCUCCGUCCAAUAUUUGGUGUCAAAAUAUGACCAAAACCAUAUCAGUCAUAGAAAUGUUACUGAUUUAAAAAUCUUUAUAUACGGUCAGACAAUAAAUGUUGUGUUAUCGUCGUUAUAGUUCUCCGCACAUUACAGACUCGACGGCGACUCCACUCCGACUCGAAUAACAGUAAAGCAUGGAAAUGUGAGCUCUAUAUAGUGUUCUAUAAGGUGGAAUUUUCAACGCUGAAGUUUGAUAAUGUAUACAACGCGUCCACGCUUUCAAUUAAAUAUUAAAAAAUUCACCAUAAGGAGUAUGACAUAAAGCUCACAUUUCCAUACUUUACUGUAAGUUGAAUUUGAGUGGAGUUGUUAUCGAGUCUGUGUAAUAUGCGAAUACUCAAGUAUGUAUAAUUCUAUAGCGUCAUACAUAUUUAUUCACCAUCUAAAGCUUGCAUAUCAGCCAUAAAGCCAUAAGUUAUUUACAGAAUACCUCUUUAACAAACUCAAUUUUAAAUCGAUACAAAAUGAAAUAUAUCAAUAGACAUGUUUAGCCAUAUAUUGCUCCAAAAAGUCUGAUUUUGUUCAUAGGAUUUAAUCAAUUGGAUGUUUGAAUGAGUUAAUGAAAGCCUGGAAAUGAAUUCAUUUGCAAUGAUUCAUACCUGAAAACUAACACAUUAUAUCUAGGGAACAUAAUAAAUGUAGUGCUUACUAUAAAGUAUAUUCCAUGGUUUCAAACAGUACAGUAGAAAUAGUGUUUGACGUGGAACUUAUUGCAACAUGAUUUUUGUUGUAAAUGGUAAGUUUUUGCAAAAUGUCGAUGUUUUUUCGAACCAGAUUCUCCCUAACUUUUCUAAUUACUUCAUAAAAAUUUAUUAUUUGAAGCAAAGAAAAAUGAUGGCGAUCGAAUAGUAUUAAAAACUAAUUUUGCUAGCUAUAUUUUUAGUAUGUUGAUUUGGAGCUUAUUUCCUACCAUUUGCAACAUCAUAUUUGUUGCAAUCAGUUUCACUUCGAGGCGUUUUUUUCGCUUAUUUCUACUGAACUAAAAGGUAUAUUGAUAAGGUUCACUAUGUAGAUUGAUAGUAUUAAGUAACUUGUCAAUAAAUUAUAAAUAAGGUAUCAAUUUGAGAUGAAACUGGAAAAUAACUCAAAAUUCGGUUUAGGUAAAAAGUUAUGGCAAUUUUCGAAUCAAGUUUCUACAUAGUGAACAGUCUCUCUAAGGAUUCAAAGUAUAUUUGUGUUAAAGUUGAAUUAAUAAAAUACUAAUGCAAUUUACGAUAACACCAAUAUUUUAUAAUCAAACAAAUUGUAACCACCUUGUACUGAUGUUCAUACCCGAAACACUUAUUAAAAUUUAAGCACAUCUUAUUUUUUGGUUAACCGCACUUUGGAUGCGAAUUUGUAUCGUACGUAAACGUAUAACUACUGGUUGUACGAAUCGAGUGCGCACACAUGUUUUUCUCCGUCGAAUAAGUUGCUUUUGUGAAGUCCACUUAGUGUGUGUUGGAUAAUCUGUAUCUUUUUUUUUUUAUCAAGUAUCUUCAAGAUAAUUUUCUUCUUUGAUACCAUUUUGAUUCAACUUUGCAAAUAUUUGUGCCCGUAAACCAAGCUAAUCAAUUUUUCUACAUGGAUUUUUCAUAUUUAACACACGGAAGUGUAUUUAAAUAUACCAAUAAUUUCGGAUUGUUUGCGGACGUCGGAACUACAUGUACGUGUUUAAGUACGACUAACCCAUAUGCAGUCUGCGUGUUCGAAUUGUAUUGGGAAGGUCGGUAUUGUUCGUGCGUAUUCGUACGUGUUCGAGUCAAAUUCGUCAAAGUGCGGUCGGCCUUAAUUUUGUCCACACAGGACACGUAACAAAUCAUCGUUUAAAUAUUUAAGAUGUACUUUAAAUUUAAUUGUUCCAGUAGGUACUUGGUCCUAACGUACUCGAGUCUGUACAGACAACUUAGUUAUUAGUUACGCACUUAGCCAUACGUAAGUUAUUUAAAAGUUUUAUACCAAAAUUUAUUUAUGUAUUAACCCGUAGGUUUAUUUAAUCUUAUACUUUAAGUAUUUCCUUUUAAUAGUGUAUUUAAAAAAUAUUGUUGCAAAAAAUCUUAUUAAAUAAUAGGUAUAUUUUGUAAGCAAAACGAAAUUGAAAAAAACGUAAACAGUGCCGGUGUACAAAGAGUAUCGGGCGAUCGACAUCGGCGUACUAUACUUUAUCCACGGAAAGAAGUUUGUUUCGUAAUCCCAUACAAAUGAUGGAGUCGAAAAUCUCAGUGGGCAUUAACCAUUUUGAGGCAUCAAUCAAUAACUAACGAAACAAUGUUUUUGAAUUGAAUUUCGAAUGUUAUGGCUAUACUAUAUAUGGAUAGAGUAUAGUAAUUCAGUCGUAAGCCAGUGAACGACAAAAUAUAGAAAUAUUCCAUAGAGCGCGGCGUAAGGAAAUCUAUACCGCGCGCAUCUUCAGUACAAUUAUAACUCCGCAAUCUGACUGACUGAGUGGGUCAAUCACGGCCAGUGUCGCAUGACACACAGUACGCACGAAUCGUGAGUUUGAUUUAUGCUACGCUAAUUUAAUUUGUUACCCUUAUUUACUAAUAACAAUAAGUUAGAAACGCGGUUUCUGUGAUUUGUCGUUCACUGACCUAAUCACUUACUAAACCUUUGCACACACUUGAUUUACUAUUUAAUGAGAUUUAUUGUAUUAACGUCUUUUUAUUGAUGUUUUAAAUAUAAACUCAAUCUUCAUCAAAUAAAAUUGAUCAAAUGUUUUGAGUAAAGCGGAUGAUUUAUGAAUAAAACACGACAGUUAUGUUUUGAUAGUUUAUUAAGCAUUAACUUUGCUUUACGCAUAAUAAUACAUUACUGCCUAACAUAAAGGUAGUGUUGAUAGAACUGAAAUAAAUAAAGUGUCAAGU